AUGGGUGCGUUUAUCAAAAUCACCCAAUCUAUAAUCUGUAUGAUGCGUCUAGAGAUGAGAAAAAUAGUUCAUAUUGUGAGACAAGUCCCAUAUAUUGGCAAUAAAAAUAUUGGUACUGGUUAUUUACAAUUUGGGGUUAGAAAAUAUGGGGCCAAAAAUCAGAAAAUAUAUUAUGUCCAUAGAUUUGUCUGGGAGUGUUACAACGGUGUUAUACCUGAUGGAAAAGUUAUUGAUCAUAUUAAUGAUAGCAGGGUGGAUAAUCGGUUGUGUAAUCUUCAGCUUGUAACUCAGCAGGAAAAUUGUAAAAAAUCGGCUAAAAAUCGUUUCUAUUCAUUUGUAAUUAAUAAUCGUCGAAAUAGGAGAAGGGUGGUCGGUAUUGAUGUGGAUGCCCAAAAACAGAUUUCUUUUAGGAGCAUGUAA